AUGGUAUCAGAGCAGGAUUUGCAAGUGAAAUUGCUCGUGUGUGGCCGGUGUGCAUGCGCAGGAUUUACCGCCGCUGAUCGAUCACUCCGCCCUCUUCGUCGCCGCUCAGAGACGCCUCUCGCCGCCUGCCCGGCGGUGACUGGCGGUGGCCGGCAUUGCUGCGCCGCGCCUCGGCGUCGACGGUCCCGGACCGCCGAGGGGAACUCGCGGCGGCACUACACGCCAAUCCGCAGUGCUGCGGCCACACGCACCCGCACCGCGUCCAGCAUCAGAGGGCGCUUGAGAGUAAAUUUAGAAUCCGGGGACUCGGACUGCGCUGCCUUGGCUGCGGUUCAAGCUCCGCGUGCCACUUUCCGCGGCGCGGUUGAAACGAUCUGUUUGUGUCGGUGUGCCGCGAGCGAUUUGCUGUCUUUGUUUCGAGUGCCUUGCGGAGAGUAUCAGAGUGAUUUCUUCCGUGUUUCUCUUUCCCUUGACUUGGAAGAUGACGGCGGCAUCAGUGAGGGUGUCGACGCGGCGGCGAUGAUAGUCGGCAGCAGGAUGAACGUCGGACUCGGGAUGGAUCCUUGCGGCCUUGGGGCUGCGACGAUGCAGGCUUCGUCGGGUGGGUUACCGGGACUCAGCGGCGCCCCGGGGCCCGCAACGGCGGCUCUACCGACGUUCGGGUUCACGCAGGAGCAGGUGGCGUGCGUGUGCGAGGUUUUGCAACAGAGCGGCACUAUCGACAGAUUGGCUCGGUUUCUCUGGUCGCUGCCCGCGUGUGAGGACUUGCAGAAGAACGAGUCCGUCCUAAAGGCCAAGUCCAUUGUUGCUUUCCAUCGGGAAAACUUCAAAGAACUUUAUCGCAUCCUGGAAUCUCACAAUUUCUCUCCUCAUAAUCACCCGAAGCUCCAGUCGCUGUGGCUCAAGGCUCAUUAUAUUGAGAACGCGGGUGAAGGAUUCACGCGGGACUUGGCAGAGAGUUGUUCGAUUCCUCGCGCGCCGAAUCCGUCUUGUUUCCCCAGGUUUUGUAAUUCGACACCGUUUUGUUUACUGGCGAGUUCUCACGAGUGUUCCCUAGCAGCUGUUGACGCGCUGUGCAAAGGCGACGCUAAUGAGUGCCCUGUCGGGUUCGACUCGAGCCAUUCGCGUUCCUGGGCCAGUGCUGAAACCGAUACGAAACGCGCCGAGAGGCUGCGAGGACGACCGCUGGGCGCUGUGGGGCGCUACCGCGUCCGCCGGAAAUUCCCGCUGCCGCGAACCAUUUGGGACGGUGAGGAAACCAGCUAUUGCUUCAAAGAAAAGUCGAGGAACGUGUUGCGGGAGUGGUAUCACCACAAUCCUUACCCGUCCCCGCGGGAGAAGAAAGAUUUGGCGGAGUCCACUGGGCUCACCACAACCCAGGUUUCCAAUUGGUUCAAGAAUCGUCGCCAACGAGACCGCGCCGCCGAGCAGAACAAAGACUCGAACGGAGAGAAGCACGGAGACGGUUCGCUGACCCGAUGUGGGUCAGGGAUCGACUCCAGCUCGGAGUCGACCGACGGAGAGUCCCUGAAACCCAGCAGCGGCUACGCGAUUCCCGGGCCGCCGGUAGGAGCGAUGCGGGCGUCGUCGCCGCCGACUUCGUCCCCGGGGUUCCCGCUGGCGAGCAUUCCGUCGAGCCAGGCCACGCAUCUCAAGCCUCCCGACGUGCAUUCCUCGUCCGUCAUGGCGGCCGCCAUGAACCCGCUCGGGCUCCACGCCGGCUCUUCUUCCUUGUCGCAGCUGCCGAUGCCACCCCGCUCCAUCGCUCUCGAGCAAGUGCUAAUGUCACCAGGAUCCUCGCCAGGCCUGAUGGCGGACGCGGGGUUGCUGAAGAGCUUCGCCUCAGGCUGCGGACCGAUGCCGAGUGUGACGUGUCCGACGGCGGCGGCCAACAUGGCCGCAUUCGUGUUCCAGCACCAGUCGCGAAUGGCGGCUUCGCUCGGAGACGGGCUCGGGCACCCGGAAGUCAACCUGGACCACACGUCGCUGCUGGACCAGUCGUCGUUUCUCCAGCCGGGCUACCCGCAACUGUGAUUUUCCCCGGAAAACUCAACCUACUGUCGGCAAGUGCGGAGAUAGUGAGCAUGUUCCCGGAGUCCUCUUCAUCAUCAUCAUCGUCGUCAUCAUUAUACCGCGCAUUCUUUCAACAUGUCUCCGAUCAUCGUGUCGAUGGGGGAGGAAUAAAACAGUGUCGGUUUUUUUCCCUUC